AUAUCUUCCCUAGUUUUGGCCCUCCCCUUACGCCGAACCACCACUUGCGCCGCCGUCUCCCUCCUCCUCUCUUCACGGCCGGCAGCUUCCUCCCCCUCCUACAAUGGCCGAAAGUGAAAUCACCUCUCAAUCCUCCACCCAAAAAUCUCCACAUCUGGCUUUCUCCGUCUCUAAUGUCAAACUCCAUGUUCCAAUCCAACUCAGCUUCUCUCAACCAAACUACAAAAAGUGGAGCCGCUUGUUCCUUCUUCUUGCACGGCGGUUCAACCUUCAGGGUUAUCUCAACGGUUCUAUUGCUCCCAUCUCCGACGACGAUGAUGAAUGGUUUCAGCUCGACGCCAUCCUCCAGGGCUGGAUUCUCUCCACCAUCACUGAUGAAGUUUCUGAUCUAGUUCUUUCCUCUGUUUCUACUGCUUCUGCUCUAUGGACGGUGAUUCAUGACCUGUUUCAUGACAACAAACAUGCUCGCGCCAUGCAACUCGAGCAUCAAUUUCGAACCACCGUCAAAGGAUCUACUCCCAUGGCUACGUAUUGCCAAGAGCUCAGGAAUAUUGCGGAUUGGUUGGACGAUGUAGACGCUCCCGUAUCCGAACACCAAUUGGUUCUCCAGAUGCUGCGAGGACUUCCCGACGACCUACAGGCACAAACCUCGUUUCUCCAGUUCCAGGAUCCCAUGCCGAGUUUCCUCCAGGAUAUUGGCUUUCCCAGCGAUGUAUGGACCUACCCAUCGCUGAAGCAGAAAUAUCACACUUUCUGCAUUCUCCACCCCUAUCUCCAAGUAGCACCAAAGCCAUGCAUUGAUAAUUCAACUGGUCAUGCUGACCACAAGCCUGCAGUUUGUAAUCCAACCACAGUCCCCAUGAAUGAUUUCAAGCCAUUUGGAUGCAACAACUAUGACCUUUACAUAGCAGUAGAAAAAUCAAACAUAAGGGACAAUCAUGAAAUCUCGUGCCAUUUCAAUGAUGGUAAUAGUGAUGCUGAUCUCAUUGUUUUUGAAGAAAAAUCAGUUCUUGAUUCAAGUUGCAUUAAAAAUAACAAUGAAUGCUUCAAGAUUCCGGAUCUUGAUUCAUCAGCAUUCACGAUUAGCGCUCUCAACAAACACCCAAAGCCUGAAGAUGACAUUUCACCACUAAAAGAUGAUAAAGACUCGAACUUGCAGUGUAAUCUUCAUAGUGCUAUCAAAGAUAUCAGUAUCGAUAUGGGGGUGCCUCUAGUGGACAAGAUUUUUACCAAAAAUUUGAGCUGUGAUAAAAAUGACAACUUGGGAGAAGAUGUUCAAAAGGAAACACUUUCUGGGGAGACAACAAAAACAGAGGACACUAAAAUUGUUGAUAUAAAACCAGUUUUAUCUGAAUCAGCUAAGGGCACUUACAUAGAGGAUGAAUUGAUGGAGCCUUUAGGCUCAAAAUGUCAUAGGACUGGAAACGCAGCAGAUGAUUGUCAGUAUUCUGAAUCAAACAAGAACGAGCCUAGUGAAGUUCAAUGCAGAGGCACUGUGAAUAUAACUGAGAAUAAUGGUGGACACCAAACAGGGUCUGAGUUGCAAGACAUGCAGAAUAGUGAGGACAAAACCUCUGCUAAUGUUUUAAUGGGUGAUCAAGAUGGAUUUGCAGAUGGAAACACAAGUUUCUCUUCAGUUGGUCCUAUGUCCGGUUUGAUUACCUAUUCGGGGCUGGUCCCGCAUCCCGGGAACAUUUCUAUUCGUUCAGAUAGCAGCACAACCAGCACGAGAUCCUUUGCUUUCCCAGUGUUACAAUCAGAGUGGAAUAGCAGUCCGGUGCGAAUGUCAAAAGCAGAAAGGAGGUACAGAAAGCAGAGGGGUUGGAGGCAGGGUCUUCUCUGUUGUAGAUUCUAAAAUCUUUUUCCAUUUCAUUCUUUAGGGCUCGUAGAUCGAUCACAUAUCAUUUACCAUACAUAUAAUGAAAGAUCACAAGUUGUGAGCAGACGAUGUUGGAUUCGGAUACAUGUCGAUAGGAUUAGGGAAGAGCGUCGAAUUCGAGUUGUAAUCAGAAGCCAAACUGUGCCUUAAAAUUUAUGGAGUGUCUCCCAAAUCAUAUUGCUGAGCUUUGACAUCACUCAUGAUCUUGUUAUAUUUUGCUUUUCUUUGUGGGAUUUAGUGGCGUAGAAGUACAAUAACAUACUGUUUGAUAC